ACCCCUCGCUCGCCAAAACCCUAUCCACAAAAAUUCAGCCAUGUCUCCCUAAAUUUCAACAAUGGCCUACUCUAACCUUAUACACAAUUGCAGCAGAUUAAGGCUAAGGGCCAUUCCACUAAUGGCCGCCGCCACCACUACCUCCGUCUCUCUUCAGCUGUACCGCCGCUUCCAUUUAAAUAAAUCCCCUUUUCUUCUCCGCACCACAAGGCCGCCCCACCGCUUGCAUAGCUGCGGGUUCUGUUGUUCUGCGGCCAUCAUACGUAGGCGGAACAGGAAUGCGUCCUCUCCUUUCACUUUGCCGUAUAUUUAUCAGCAGAAUUUCGGGUUUGGCCGGCUUGCGUACCCCGAGUACCCUUCAGAGUCUGAGUCUGAUAGGGAAUUUGAGCCCGAGUCUAAGCAGUUGAAUGAUUCAACCCUUGGUAACAUUGAAGAGUGGAGAUGGAAGUUAACCAUGCUAUUGCGUAAUGAAAAUGAACAAGAAGUGAUCUCCAGAGAGAAAAAGGAUCGUCGUGAUUUUGGGCAUCUAUCAGCACUAGCAACCAGAAUGGGUUUACAUUGUUGUCAAUUUGAUAAAGUAGUUGUCUUUAGUAAAGUUCCAUUACCAAAUUACAGACCAGAUCUGGAUGCUAAGCGUCCACAGAGGGAGGUGGUCUUACCUCAUGGACUGCAAGAUCGUGUAAAUGCUCUUCUGAAAGCAUACUGUUCUAAAAAGUCUAUCAAUAACACAAGCUCAGAAUAUAAUUACUUUUCAAGAUCUAGCAAUGACCAGAAAUUUUCAAAUGACAAUGAACUUUGUGAGAAUGAGAAGCCCCCUUCACGAAAUAUCGUUGCUGAGAGAAUCCUUCGGCGGAGGAGCUUGGACAUGCAAUAUAAACAACAAAAUUGGCAGGAAUCUCUAGAAGGUCAAAAGAUGAUAGAAUUUCGAAGGAGUCUUCCUGCAUAUAAAGAGAGGGAAUCAUUAUUAAAUGCGAUUUCUCAGAAUCAGGUCGUGGUCGUGUCUGGUGAAACUGGAUGUGGUAAAACCACCCAACUGCCUCAAUAUAUCUUAGAAUCCGAGAUUGAAGCUGCUCGUGGAGCUACCUGCAGUAUUAUUUGUACUCAACCUCGGCGAAUAUCUGCUAUGGCAGUUUCAGAAAGAGUUGCUGCAGAGCGCGGUGAGAAUUUGGGAGAAUCUGUUGGUUAUAAAGUUCGGCUUGAGGGGAUGAAAGGGAGGGAUACACGUCUUCUGUUUUGCACUACUGGAAUCCUUUUAAGGAGAUUGCUUGUUGAUCGGAAUUUAGAGGGUGUUACCCAUGUUAUCGUUGAUGAGAUUCAUGAACGUGGAAUGAAUGAAGAUUUCCUUUUAAUUGUUCUCAAAGACCUCCUUCAUCGCCGGCCAGAAUUGAGGUUGAUUUUGAUGAGUGCAACACUAAAUGCUGAGCUUUUCUCCUCAUAUUUUGGUGGUGCUCCUAGGAUUCACAUUCCUGGUUUUACUUAUCCAGUUCGGAGUCAUUUCCUAGAGAAUAUUUUGGAAAUGACUGGGUAUCGAUUGACUCCAUAUAAUCAGAUUGAUAAUUAUGGUCAAGAUAAGAUGUGGAAAAUGCAGAAACAAACUCUUAGGAAGAGGAAAACACAAAUUGCUUCAGCUGUAGAGGAUGCACUUGAAACUGCAAGUUUUAGGGAGUAUAGUCCUAGGACUCGGGAAUCAUUAUCGUGCUGGAAUCCAGAUUCAAUUGGCUUUAACCUCAUUGAGCAUGUUCUUUGCCAUAUAUGUAGAAGAGAAAGGCCUGGAGCUGUUUUGGUAUUUAUGACCGGUUGGGAUGACAUAAAUGCUCUAAAGGAUCAGCUCCAAGCAAAUCCACUAUUGGGAGAUUCCAGUAGAGUUUUGUUGCUUGCUUGUCAUGGUUCUAUGGCCAGCACAGAGCAGAGACUUAUUUUUGAUAAGCCUGAAGAUGGAGUGAGGAAGAUAGUGCUAGCCACCAAUAUGGCUGAAACAAGCAUCACCAUAAAUGAUGUAGUCUUUGUGCUAGACUGUGGAAAGGCAAAAGAGACAUCUUAUGACGCACUCAAUAACACUCCAUGUUUGCUUCCUUCUUGGAUUUCAAAAGCUUCUGCUCGGCAAAGAAAAGGAAGGGCUGGUCGUGUUCAACCUGGGGAGUGCUAUCAUCUCUAUCCUAGAUGUGUGCAUGAUACUUUUGCAGAAUAUCAAAUGCCAGAGCUUUUGAGAACGCCACUUCAGUCUUUAUGUCUGCAAAUUAAAAGUUUACAACUUGGAAGUAUUUCAGAAUUUCUGUCUAAGGCUUUGCAGCCACCAGAAUCUUUAUCUGUUCAAAAUGCCAUUGAGUAUUUGAAGAUGAUUGGUGCGUUUGAUGAAGAUGAAAAUCUUACACUUCUUGGACGCAACUUGUCAAUGCUUCCAGUUGAACCAAAACUUGGAAAAAUGCUCAUACUAGGUUCAAUUUUUAACUGCCUUGAUCCUAUAAUGACUAUUGUUGCUGGCCUAAGUUUACGAGAUCCAUUCUUGAUGCCAUUUGACAAGAAAGAUCUUGCAGAAUCAGCAAAAGCCCAGUUUUCUGCUCGUGACUUCAGUGACCACCUCACUCUUUUCCGAGCUUAUGAAGGUUGGAAAGAUGCUGAGAGGAACCAAUCUGGUUAUGAAUACUGUUGGAAGAAUUUUCUUUCUCUACAAACUCUAAAAGCUAUUGAUUCCCUAAGGAAGCAAUUUUUCCACCUUCUUAAGGACUCUGGCUUAGUAAGUGGGGAAAGUUGCAAUAUAUGGAGCCAUGAUGAACAUCUUGUUCGAGCAAUUGUCUGUGCGGGUCUAUUUCCUGGAAUAUGCUCGGUUGUGAACAAGGAGAAGUCAAUAUCAUUGAAAACAAUGGAGGAUGGACCGGUUCUCUUGUAUUCGAACUCUGUGAAUGGCCUAGAACCUAGAAUUCCAUACCCGUGGCUCGUGUUCAAUGAAAAAGUGAAAGUUAAUGCAGUCUUCCUCCGUGAUUCUACAGCCGUUUCAGAUUCUAUGGUUAUCUUAUUUGGUGGAAAUAUUACAAAAGGCAGUGCUAACGGGCACUUAAAAAUGCUGGGAGGAUACUUGGAGUUUUUCAUGAAUCCCACUAUAGCAACCACAUAUGUAAGGUUGAAGAGAGAACUUUACGAACUAAUCCAUGAAAAGCUUCUGAAUCCUAAGUUAAACCUAGGAGAUCAUGAUGAGCUCAUAUCAGCAGUAAGAAUGCUGGUUUCAGAGGAUCAAUGUGAAGGUCGAUUUGUGUUUGGGCGUCAGAUGCCAUCAUCUGCCAUCAAGUCUAGAAAAGAUGCAGAAGCAGGCAUGGUUUCGAGUAAGGGUAAUGGCGGUGAUAAUCCAAAGUCUCAUCUCCAAACGCUGCUUGUCCGAGCCGGACAUCAAUCUCCCAGUUACAAGACAACACAACUAAAACACAAUAAAUUUCGAGCUGUUGUAAUGUUCAAUGGUUUGGAUUUUGUUGGGCAGCCUUGCGGUAGUAAGAAAGAAGCAGAAAAGGCUGCUGCUGCCGAAGCUUUGCAGUGGUUGACUGGUGAGACCCAGUCGUCCCAGAAGACCGUUGAACACAUGUCUGCAAUUCUAAAGAAAAGCAAAAAGAAACAACUUCAUGCUUCAAGGUGGAGGUGAUGUGUGUAUAAAUAAAACUCAAAAUAUCUUACAGCCAUUUGUUCCUGAUUCGGUUGUAUAAACAUCUUGGCAAAUCUUGCUGAGGUGUGACUUUUUGCCUGCUUCGGUGAGAGGGGUGGGAACUGGGAAGGAUCUCGGAGGCACCCACAUUUGCUAGUACCGAAACUAACAAAAUCUAACUCGGCAGCACCAUCCAUAUUUAUAUACAUUGAAUCCCAUAGAAGUGACGUCGUGACAACUACUCCAAGUGGUUGCGGUUAACUUUUUAUUCUGUCCUCAGAAACUGGCCUUACCGGCAUGGGCGAACUAACAAGAUAGACCGAGCAGGUACACACGCAAGUUUGAUUGUUCUUACAUGCUGCUUUAAAUGAUUUUCCAGUAAAGCCUGCCUGUUGAACCUGAUCUCCAGUUGUGGAACUCACAACUUUAUUCUACUUCAUGGGAUGCAGCUGUGCUAUUAAGUAUUCUUUGGCUGUCUCAUUUCAUUGUGUGAGAAAGGGAGGGGAUAUUGUAGCAAUAUAUUGUAGCACUAGAUAGAUCAGUAAUAGUUGAUGAUAGAUUUCAUUUUCAUUUAUUAUAUGGACAGACAGUAACUUAUGUAUAAAUAUAUAGAUAGAGAGGAAGACAAUAUUCAAUGCUUUUAAUUUCUUGUGAUGAAUUUAACCUCUGUGAUCUAUUCUUGUGGGUCUAA